AUGACAUCAUGUAGCACUACGUCAUGGAGCAUUUUGCGUUUCCAGGCAACGUACACUUCGCCGCUGAUGACCAGCGCAUUUCAUGUGUUAUUCAUGAAAUGGUCAUGUUUAUUCAUCUAUGAAACAAUGUUUACAAUCGGUGAAUCACGAGCAAUUUCCCAUUCAGAUGGCACAGAACAACAAACACAACAAGUGGCUGGAAAUCCUCGAUUUUUAACCGAAACUACUCUGGAGAACGCCGACUAAAAUUCAUCGCGAGCGAAAAAGACGACGACAACAAGAAGCCGUGCUCAAAGCACAGAGAACAUCGCUUAGCACAGCGAAGGCAACGUCGUCAACACAGCGACCACAAACAUGUACAGAGGCAGCGACAAAAUAAUACAAUUACAGUGCAAAUGGAGCCGAUGAAGAGAGGGAAUACAGACUGCCGACGCUUCAAAAAGCGAUGGAGAGAUCAGACAACGCUUACAGUUCACAGAAAAAUUAUCUUCUCCGAUACAACG